AUGGCCAAAAGAUUGACCAAAAGUGAGGACAACAUCAUGAUGUUCUACAGGAUCUUCAAAACUUUUUCUGCGGGAAAAGCAGCCGAACUGACUGAGAAGGAAUUUGAAAAGUUGUUGGGACGUGAAUUUCCAAAUUUUCUCCAGGAAAUACAGGAAAGUCCUUUAAGUAGUCUCUUGAAUGAACGAAAGAAUCGCAGCUUUGAAGAGGCUUUGUACAUGAUAGGAAGAAUGGGAAUGGUGUACUAUAAGAAGAUGAACAACAAUGCUUUUGAACACUAG